GCCAUCAUGGGAAGUGGCAUCCUUGGCUUAGCUUAUGUUAUGGCUAAUACAGGUAUCCUUGGAUUUAGUUUCUUGCUGCUGACAGUUGCUCUCCUGGCUUCUUACUCAGUCCAUCUCUUGCUUAGUAUGUGUAUUCAAACAGACACUGGUGUACCUGUCUUCUGUUGAUUGAAUUCCUUCAGUCAUUAUAAAAUUCUCUGUGGAGAGGGAGGCUAUGGACAGAAGAGGAGAAAGCAAUGUGACCGUGGAGGCAGAGAUAAGAGUAAUGCAGCCACAAGCCAAGGACUGCCAGCAGGCACCCAAAAACUGGAAAAGGCAUGGAACAGAUUCUUUCCUACAGCCUCCAGAGGGGAGCAUGGCCAUACCGACAUCUUCAUUUUGGCCCACUGAAACUGAUUUUGGACUUCUGGCCUCCAGAACUGAGAGAGAAUAAACUUCUGGUUUUUUUUUUUUUUUUUAAGCCACUUAGUUUAUGGUAAUUUGUUACGGCAGCCAUAGGAAACUGAUAUACUAUCUAUACACACUAAAAUGCCACAACAGUAAAAUAAAGUACAAACAAAAACAAACUGUGACAUCUUAUGAAGAUCUUGGACUCUUUGCAUUUGGAUUAUCUGGAAAGAUGGUGGUGGCGGGCACCAUAAUAAUUCAGAAUAUUGGAGCUAUGUCAUCUUAUCUUCUAAUUAUUAAAACAGAGCUUCCUGCUGCUAUUUCAGAAUUUUUAACUGGAGACCACAGUGGGUCUUGGUAUCUUGAUGGACAAACACUGCUGAUAAUUAUUUGUGUUAGUAUUGUGUUCCCUCUUGCUCUUCUUCCCAAAAUUGGAUUUCUUGGCUACACAAGUAGUUUAUCAUUUUUCUUUAUGGUGUUCUUUGCUCUUGUGGUAAUAAUUAAAAAAUGGUCCAUCCCUUGUCCUUUGGCAUUAAAUUACGUAGAGGAAUACUUCCAGAUUUCAAAUGUUACAGAUGAUUGUAAACCAAAGCUCUUUCAUUUCUCCAAAGAGAGUGCUUAUGCCAUACCAACCAUGGCUUUUUCAUUUCUUUGCCACACCUCAAUAUUGCCCAUAUACUGUGAACUUCAAAGCCCUUCAAAGAAAAGAAUGCAGAAUGCAACCAAUACAGCAAUUGCUUUAAGUUUUCUCAUUUAUUUUAUAUCCGCACUCUUUGGGUACCUCACUUUUUAUAACAAAGUAGAGUCAGAAUUACUACAAGGUUAUAGUAAAUACUUGCCACAUGAUGUUGUUGUCAGGACUGUGAAGUUAUGCAUACUCUUUUCUGUGCUUUUGACAGUCCCUCUAAUCCACUUCCCUGCAAGGAAGGCUUUAAUGAUGAUGUUUUUCUCCAAUUUUCCAUUCUCAUGGAUUCGUCAUUCUUUGAUUACUCUAGCACUCAAUAUUAUCAUUGUUUUACUUGCAAUAUAUGUCCCUGACAUUAGAAAUGUAUUUGGUGUAGUUGGUGCCAGUACAUCAACAUGUUUGAUUUUUGUAUUCCCAGGAAUACUUUAUCUUAAACUUAGCAGAGAGGAUUUUCUAUCAAGGAAAAAGCUUGGGGCUUGUGUUUUGCUCAUCUUUGGAAUUUUGGUUGGGAAUUUCAGCUUAGCACUCAUCAUUUUUGAUUGGAUUAAUAAAUAAGGGAAAUAAUUUCUCACUUCAUAUGAAGAAUAAUUUACCUCCAUAUGCAAGAAGGAGUAAUUCUGGAAGGUGCCUGAGAUGAAUCCUCAUUAUAUGGGUUAACAUUUUAAUAAAAAAAUUGUUAAAGAAAAACAGAACAAAAUGGCAGGGGCUAGGGGAAAGGGAGUAUAGCAGUUUUAAUCAAAGCAAGAAACAACCUUAAAAUGUUCUUAAGUAUAUACAAUCUCUUAUUUGUUCAUUUGUAUGGGGUUUUAUUGGUUGUUUUUUUGUUGUUUGUUUGUUUUUGUUUUUUUAGAAAUCAAUGUAUGAAGUUUAUUAAAGAAUUGAAUCCUAGCUUGUGAGUUAAUAUUGUCAACAUCAACCACUGAUA